AUGGACAACCAGCCGCUGCCCUACUCCACCGGCCAGCCCCCUGCCCCCGGAGGAGCACCAGUAGUGCCGGGCGUGUCUGGCGCAGCCGGCCCUCCGCCGGUGCCGCACCACCACCUGCUCCAGCAGCAGCAGGCCCAGCUGCAGGCGUUCUGGGCGUACCAGCGUCAGGAGGCGGAGCGCGCGUCCGCGUCGGACUUCAAGAACCACCAGCUGCCGCUGGCCCGGAUCAAGAAGAUCAUGAAGGCCGACGAGGACGUGCGCAUGAUCUCCGCCGAGGCGCCCGUGCUGUUCGCCAAGGCCUGCGAGCUUUUCAUCCUCGAGCUCACCAUCCGCUCCUGGCUGCACGCGGAGGAGAACAAGCGCCGCACCCUGCAGCGGAACGACGUCGCCGCAGCCAUCGCGCGCACCGACGUCUUCGACUUCCUCGUCGACAUCGUGCCCCGUGAGGAGGCCAAGGAGGAGCCCGGCAGCGCCCUCGGCUUCGCGGCGUCCGGGACCGGCGUCUUCGGGGGUGGUGGCGCCCCGGGCGGGGCGCCAGCCGCCGGGAUGCCGUACUACUACCCGCCGAUGGGGCAGCCAGCGCCGAUGAUGCCGGCCUGGCAUGUUCCGGCCUGGGACCCGGCCUGGCAGCAAGGGGCAGCGGAUGUCGAUCACAGCGGAAGCUUCAGCGAGGAAGGACAAGCAGGGUUUGCAGCAGGCCAUGGCGGCGCCGCUAGCUUCCCUCCUGCGCCUCCGAGCUCCGAGUGA